UGGAGGCAGCGGCGCGGAGGCGGCAGCUCCCGGGAGCCGCGGGCGGCCCGGGCGCCACGUUUCUGCAGGCCAGGCAUGGCUCUGCGAAGGCUGAGGAGACAGCCCACAUGGCUCCCUUCCACUUUGACCUCUGGUUCUACUUCACACUGCAGAACUGGGUUCUGGACUUUGGCCGCCCCAUUGCCAUGUUGGUGUUCCCACUCCAGUGGUUUCCCCUCAACAAGCCGAGUGUCGGGGACUACUUCCACAUGGCCUACAAUGUCAUCACGCCCUUUCUUCUGCUCAAGCUCAUCGAGCGGUCCCCCCGCACGCUGCCGCGGUCUAUAAUCUACGUCAGUAUCAUCACCUUCAUCAUGGGAGCCAGCAUCCACCUGGUGGGCGACUCUGUCAACCACCGCCUACUCUUCAGUGGGUACCAGCACCACCUGUCCGUCAGAGAGAAUCCCAUCAUCAAGAAUCUCAAGCCAGAGACACUGAUCGACUCCUUUGAGCUGCUGUACUACUAUGAUGAGUACCUGGGCCAUUCCAUGUGGUACAUCCCCUUCUUCCUCAUUCUCUUCAUGUACUUCAGUGGCUGCUUCACUACCUCCGAGACUCAGAGCCACAUGCCAGGGCCUGCCCUGCUCCUGGUGGGGCCCAGUGGCCUGUACUACUGGUACCUGGUCACCGAGGGCCAGAUCUUCAUUCUCUUCAUCUUCACCUUCUUCGCGAUGUUGGCUCUUGUCUUCCACCAGAAGCGCAGGCGCCUCUUCCUAGACAGCAACGGCCUCUUCCUCUUCUAUUCCUUCGCCCUCACCCUCUCCCUGGUGGCACUGUGGGUUGCCUGGCUAUGGAAUGACCCCGUCCUCAGAAAGAAGUACCCUGGUGUCAUCUACGUCCCCGAGCCCUGGGCCUUCUACACGCUCCACGUCAGCAGUCAGCACUGAGGCUCCCUGGGAACAACAGGCCGUGGAUAUUUGUACAUGGGUGCAUAUGUGCAUCGUGGUAAUGGGGGCUGUGCACUGUGCCCUGUGCACAGGGAUUGGCAGAGCGCAUUGUUGAGAGAUUCAACUGUUUUGAUCAGGGUCUUUUGUUUCUUUUUUGCUUUGGACUUAAGAUGGAAUUUAGUUUGGGGAAGUAUAUGAAGGCCAAGAUCCUGGCCCCUGCCCUCCCUGUAUUUCACCACUAUUAGAGGUGCCUGAGUAACACUCCUAUCUCCCAAGACCAGGCUGGCCUUCUGGAGAUGUCUUCCGGUGGACCAUGCAGGUGAGGUCUGGUCAGGACAGAAACAGAAGACUCUGCCACCUACCCAGAAGCUGGCUAGCCCUGAAGCCACCUGCCCCUUGACCCUAGGUUUCUAUGUCAGUGUCUAGGCCACAACUUCUGUUCUUUGAACAGAGCAUUUCCUUCUCUGGGCCUCACUUGUUUUAGAGGACCCGGUGGUCCCCAAGUGGCUCCAUGGACUGGGGGUUACUGAUUCCGCUGGUGCAGCCUCAGCACGGAAGAGUGGUUCUGUCUGUUACUGUGUCCCCACCCUCAGCCUAGUGGGGCAUGUUCCUCCCAUUCUUGUCCAGCCUCAGACCCCACUCACACACUGCUGAGAACCCAGUCUCCAGGCAGCCAGAGGCCCAGUCACUUAGCCAUUGAACUCUGGAAACCGGCCUGGGUUUUGAACUACAUGGAGGACAGACAGAGUUCUCAAGGCCUAGUUUUAUAGAUUCUGAGACCCGUUGAAGGGUCUGGGACGUUACAAAUCUGUCUCUCAAGACAUCGCAUCUCAACCUGAAUCUCAUGGCAGUUCCUGCCUCACCCUAGCCCACCUCCCCCCAGGCCUCAGAUACAGGACUCCAUGGCACACGAUAUCACCAGCUCAUUUGACAGCCAGCACUGGCCUGUGCUGGGAGUCUUGGGGACCUUCCUACUGUUCAUUCUUUCCUUUUGCUCUCAGGGAACACUGGGCCUCAGAUUCUUCUAUUUUGUUGUGAUCCUUUUACAGGCUAGACCAUGCUGAGUGAUGAGAGGGCUGAAUAAAGGCUGGUGUGGAGCCCA